UGGUCCAGUGAGUGGGGCACAGUGCUGUGUGAACACACGUGGGGAGGCUGAGUAACUCCUCCCCCCCUCUGCUCAUAUCUCACCAAAGUGACUUCCAACUUCACUCCAGCUAAGGAUAACAUCUCAGGCCAGCACCUCACUCACGCCUGCUGGAUAUAAUCUGGAGACAUCAUACAUAGCAUCUUUACCAGGAAAGUCCCUCAGUGACACAGACCUUUCAGUGGAACUAAGAAAUAAGCUGCAGUUUAUUGAAUCAUGUGUAUUUAUUAUACAGGAUAAUUCCUCAUCGAAGCCGGCAGAAGUCUUCCUCCAAGCGGGCAGAAGUCUUCAUCCAGACGGCAUCUUCUAUCUUCAUCCAUCCGACGCGGAGCGGGUCCAUCUUCAAGACAUCCGGCGCGGAGCAUCCUCUUCUUCCAAUGGUCAACGUAGAAUGAAGUUUUCCUUUAAGGUUGUCUAAGUUAAUUAUUGGAAGAAUUGGAAAAAAUGAAGAUCUUCUCACAUCUGGGGAUAUUCAUUUUAGCAGCAGCUGUUUUAACAGAAAGGAAAACGUGGGCGCAGCCGGAAGUAUGCAGGUCAGCAGAAAUGGCAGAUAUUUUAUUUUUGGUGGAUGAGUCUUGGAGUGUUGGAGAAGAAAACUUUCAGAUAAUUAAAGACUUUAUUGUGAGCAUGAUAAGUUCGUUUGAGAACACACAUGUUCUUGGGAAGGAGGGGAUACGUUUUGGAGUUGCACUUUAUGGAGAUCUCACAAGGAUAAGUAUUGAGUUGUCGGAUUAUGAGAACACUCAUGAAGUUUUACUUGCUCUUCAAAACAUACCCUAUAAAGGAGGAAACACAAAGACUGGAGAAGCCCUUGGCUUCCUGGCAGACAGAGUAUUCAAUCCCUCCAUUUCCAGGGAAGAUGCUGCUAAGAUAGUUUUGCUACUGACUGAUGGAAAAUCUGGUGAUGCCGUGGAAGAAAAAGCCCAGUUACUUCAGGACAGAGGAGUUACCGUUUUUACUAUAGGUAUAAAAAACUCAGACAUGAAUGAGCUGAUAAAAAUAGCUUCUCAUCCCAGCGAGGAGCAUAUCAUUAUAGUCAGCGACUUCCGUUUCCUUGACGAUCAUCUGCCCAAGAUUUCCCGAAGAGUUUGCUUUGCAGCUUCUGAGCCCCCAAGGCCAAUCAAACAGAUUGUGGAAAGUGAGAAAAUAAUUGGCCCCAAAGAUCUGAUUGUAAGUGAGGAAAGUUACAGCUCUAUGCGUCUCAAUUGGACCCCAGCCACAGGAGAUGUCACAGGGUACCAGGUUGUAGUAAAUCCAGUUUUACCUUCAGGGCGUUUAAACUCCAACGACCAGAGACAGAUUUUCCUGGACAAAGACAAGCGCACUGUACUGGUGACAGACCUGAUACCAACUACUGAGUAUUUCUUUACUGUAUUGGCAAACUACCCAAAUGUCAUUGGAGAUUCAGCUACCGUUAGGGGAAAAACAACUCCUGUACCGCCAGUCACUAAUUUCCGAGUCACAGAAGAAGGCCUUUUUGGGCUGAAGGUAGCAUGGACUCCUCCUCUGGGGAAGCUGGAAGGCUACAAGAUCUAUAUACCUCGAUCAAACAGACCAGGGCUGGCUUAUGAGCAGAUUCUGAAAGGAGACAUUUCAUCACACACUAUCGACAACUUAGAGGAAGAUAAAGAAUAUACAGUCAGCAUCUAUGCUGUGUAUCCUCAAGGGCCAAGCCAACCGGUGUCAGCAAUAGGCCGCACUUUGAAGCUAAUUCCAGUAAAGUCAUUGACAGUUCAGAACAUCACCACGGGUUCUGUUCGUGCUCAUUGGUCCAAAGUGCGAGGCGCUACUGGGUAUCGGCUCACCUGGUCCUCUGAAGAGGGAAUUAACCAGAACAUUAACCUGGCGGACAGCUACAGCCAAUACCUUAUCCAGGGACUACAGCCUGACACUGAGUACACAGUUACAGUCAAUCCCAUCUUUGUGGAUGUAGAAGGACCCUUUGUAUCAGCAAAAGCUAUAACCUUGGCCUCGAGUGCGGUACAAACACUAAAAGCAUCAUCAGUAACAAUGAACAGUGCGGUGGUGUCAUGGAACCCAGUGGUUGGGGCCACGGGAUACCGACUAGCAUGGGGCCCCACUCCAGAUUUUUUUGGAAGAGAUCGCACGCGUCAGCUAGCACUAAACAGUUCCAUCACCUCUUACCAGCUGAAGAACCUUGUACAUGACACCGAAUACGUCCUCUCCCUCUAUGUGUUGUUUGGCUCAGUGGUUGGGCCGGGAAUUUCCGCCACUGCAAGAACAUCUCCUCUUGGGUAUGUAUCUAACUUUAAGGUGACCGGAUACACAAGUACCUCUAUCUCACUCGCUUGGAGUUCUACAGCUGGGGCCACUGAAUAUAAAGUCUCCUGGAGCCCAGCAGCAUCAUCAGAUAACCCCAAAAGCCAAUACCUGGCUCUGACGGUCCGAUCUUAUCAUCUUACUAACUUGCAGCCAAACACCAGGUAUAUUGUGAAUGUACAAGCCAUGUACAGCAACUCCGAAGGUCCAGCUGCUACACUUAUCCAAAGCACAGACUCUAACCCCACUCAGGUGCUUCAUGUGAAAGACCUGCAGAUCAUUGACACUGGAGUAAAUAAACUAAAGUUGUCCUGGAAAAAAACACCUGGAAUAACCCAUUACAAGAUAUCAUGGCAGCCUUUGGAUGGUGGUACCAGGAACUCAAAAAUUAUUCCUGCAGACUCUUCAUUUUUCACAAUUCCCGAUCUGAAGGAAAGCGCCACCUACAACAUCUAUGUGUCUUCUCUUAUUGGGAACCGCGAGGGAAGUCCUGUGCUUAUAAAAGCAAAAACAUUGGACUUGCCAAAGGUGGAAGUGUUUGAGGUCAGAGACAUCACAGGAGAUAGCAUUCUGCUGAACUGGUCGGGUGUCACUGGCGCAUCGUCGUAUAUUCUCUCAUGGAAACAGACUUCUGCUUCUGAACCAUCUGUGGAGCAGUUGGCCACAUCCUACCAAUCUUUCCGGAUCACUGGCCUGGAGUAUGGGAAAACUUAUGUGUUUACUAUAAAGCCUCUGUUUGGAGAGAUGGAGGGACCUGAGAAAGUCAUUACCCAGGUUAUAGUUGGACCUAAGAGAAAACCUGCCAUCCCCAUUUCAAACAUUCAGGGGUCUCAGCUCACCACGACGACACAGAAAACUCCAACAACUCAUUCUCCCAGUAGCAUUUCAAAGGAGGAUGCUGCAACCACCAGCUUUGCUGGACGUGCAGCAUUAACAACAAUAUCUGGGCCUGUUUGUGCAACGACUAAAGCAGACCUUGUAUUUCUUGUGGACGAAUCCUCCAGCAUUGGGCCAAGCAACUUUCUGAAGGUUAAAGAUUUCCUCUACAGAAUUGUUUCAUAUUUUCCCAAAAUUGGACCCCAAGGAACACAGAUUGCCAUUGCUCAGUAUAGCGAGGAGCCUAGGACUGAAUUCCACCUUAAUGAGCACAAGGAUAGAAACUCUGCGCUGAAAGCCAUUAGAUCGAUGCACUAUUAUGGCGGCAACACCAAGACAGGUCGAGGUAUAGGACAUGUGAUCAAGGAGAUGUUUCAAGCCUCCAAAGGAAUGAGGCCAUCGUCGCCCCGCACACUAGUGCUGAUAACUGACGGGAAGUCACAGGACAGCGUUUUACAGCCAGCCAGGGUGGCGCAUAUGUUAGGCAUCCGCAUGAUAGGAGUGGGCGUUGCGGCAGCAGAUAUGGAUGAGCUCAGAAGUAUGCUGAUGAAUCGUAACCUGGAGAACAUUUUCUUUGCCAGCACCUUUGAUGAUUUAACCCUUAUUGUACGGGAGUUAAUAGAGACCAUCUGCACUGAGACUGAACAAUUAGCUAAAGCAAAACCAGCAGAGUUCGUUAAAGAGAUCGAAGAGGAGGAGAUAGAAGAUCCAGAAACACCUCCUGCCAAACCAGAGGGACCUUGUGACUGCCCAAAGGGACAAAAAGGACAAAAGGGUGAAACUGGACCACCAGGGGAGUCAAGCUUCACAGGUUUACUAACUGGUGGACUUGACCCUUUCAAUAUGGAUUCAAAAGGAGAGAAAGGAGAGCGAGGUAUUCCUGGACAAGAUGGGAUCCCAGGUCUUCCUGGACGACCCGGUCGAACUGGUCCCCCAGGACCACCAGGGCAAAUGGGUCACAAAGGUUUUCAAGGGGACAUUGGACCCCAGGGGUAUCCAGGACAUCCAGGACCAAAAGGAGAUAGGGGAGAGCCAGGAUAUGUCCUAGGAGGACUUGAUGGUCUUUCUGGUCGUGGGAUACCUGGAUCUCCGGGAUCCAAAGGUCAGCCGGGGGUUCCUGGCCUCCCUGGCCCUCCAGGACAUCCAGGAUUUCCAGGAACUCAGGGGAUACCUGGACUUUCAAUAAAGGGUGAAGCUGGUGAACCUGGAAGUCCGGGCCCUCAAGGGAUAACUGGACCAAAGGGAGACAAAGGGAACCAAGGAGUUCUGGGCAAGCCUGGUUUACCUGGCCCAAUUGGACUUGAUGGCCUGCCCGGACUUCCUGGACCAAAAGGACACAAGGGUGCUGAUGGAAUUGGAAUUCCAGGAAUACCAGGAUUAAAAGGAAUCGCAGGAGAAAAGGGUUCCAUGGGAAUUCCAGGACCGCCUGGCGAGAAGGGUAUCCAAGGGGUACAAGGUGCUGAGGGUGUACCUGGAUUAAGGGGCAAGAAAGGUCUGGAUGGAGCAAAGGGAAAUAAGGGUGACCGUGGUGAUCUUGGACCAAAAGGCCCCCCUGGAAUUGCUGGUCUUCCUGGACCUUUUGGCCAUAAAGGGGACCAGGGACUGCAGGGAUAUCCAGGAGCUCCUGCUAUGGGGGUAGUUGGACCCACUGGUAAAAAAGGAGCCAGAGGUGACAUUGGGCCAGUUGGGCCUGCUGGUCCUCAAGGCAUCAAAGGGAAACAAGGAGACAAAGGAGCGAAGGGUGAGCCAGGCUAUGGGAUACCAGGUCAACAAGGACUAAAGGGCGAUCCAGGGGAACGGGGUAACAUAGGAUUAUCAGGGAAACCUGGCCCAAAGGGUGAUCCUGGGAGCAAAGGAGACAAGGGAGGUCUUGGGCUUACUGGGAGCGUGGGACUUCCUGGACUAAGAGGUAAAGAUGGUGAACCAGGUGUGAAGGGGGAGCCAGGCAUGGAGGGAGUAGCAGGAAAACCUGGUGAGCCUGGACAGAAAGGAGAAAGGGGUUCUGUAGGAUUUCCUGGGCGUGGUGGAGAAAUGGGUCUUAAAGGAGAGAUGGGCCCCCCAGGAAGAAAUGGCACUGAUGGUAAAAAAGGAGCGAGAGGAGAGUCUGGAAAACCCGGACCCCCUGGGGCUGUAGUAACCUCAUUAGAUAGCAGACCUGCUGUCAAAGGUGAAAAGGGUGAACCAGGAGAUCCUGGAGAUCCAGGGGAAUCUGGCUUUAAAGGAGAAAAAGGAGACCUAGGACCAACAGGACCAGCGGGUCCAGAAGGUCGACCUGGACCUCCAGGUGAUGCAUCGCUGAAUUUGAACCCUGAAAAAGGCACGAAAGGUGAAAAGGGUAACACAGGAUCUCCUGGCAGCGGUGGGAAGCCUGGAGCUGAUGCGCCACCAGGAGAAAAGGGGGAGCCAGGUCAAAAAGGGGAACCAGGAAAUAUAGAGCUAAGUGAUGUUAUUGGGAGUAAAGGAGAACGUGGAGACGUUGGGCCAGAAGGACCUCCUGGGUCACCAGGACCACCUGGACCUCCAGGACCUCAAGGGCAGGAGGGUCCUCCUGGAAAGCACCUGCAGAUAGAGGAUUUGGAAAGACUAUUUGAGGCUUAUGGAAUUAAGCUGGCUUUGUUAAAGGAACUGUCUGACCAUCUUGUCCAGAACGGAGUCACUGAUCUGUUUCAGCAGCUCACAUCUUUAAAAGACAAUCGGCUCACAAAAAGCAAGCAAGGAAUUAAGCACUCUCUAGAUUACACAGAGUCAAGUGAGAAUAAAAAAGCCCAAAAGAAAAAGAAAACUCAAGUGGAAGUUUCUUCUAUUGAUCUCACAUCUAACGUGGUCCCAGAAGAGCAGGAGAACGCACAAGACUUGAGACUCGGCCAAAUCACAGUUGAAGCCAACUCAUUACCGCUACCCACCAUCCAGAGCAGCACCACGUUUGUAGAUGAAGUCCCCUCUGUUAGCCAAUCUAGUGACCAUGAAAUAUCACUAAAGACCCAAAAGAAACAGGCAAAGCUUGUGAAUGUAAAGGAGUCCAGGAAGGAACAAAAAAAGAAGAAUCGCUUGGAGAAUGUGUUGAUUGAAACCAGGACAAAGGAUCUCAGUGUUGGAGAGGUUAUAGGAAGAGGGGAUGAUCUGGCCAACAACGGAGGAAAAGCUGCCAUCACUGAGUCCCCAAGAUUUACAGAACAGCUAAAACUGGACUCUUUAGAAGAGACUUCAGAAACAUCAAUUAACAUUACGUCUGACAUAAACACUGUACUGGAAAAUCUGCCAAUCAUCACAGAAAAGGAGAGCAAAAAGGAGCAGAAGAGAUUACGUUUACAAGAAGAAAUCAUCCAAGGUCCAGAAAUGCUCAUGGGGAGCUUGUCUGAGAUGCUGUUACCUGAAGACGUACAAGAAAGUCUGUGGGACGUUGUUACUGAACUUAGUCCAACCAAUUCAGGAGAAAACACCAAUGCUACGUCGUACACAGUCAGUGUAUUAGAUGAUGACUUGAGGAUAAGUGAGGGGACGAUUGAGGACAUAAUUGACCCAACUGAAAUAAGUGCAACGGAACAAACUCACUCAGAGCAGAACAUUGCUGGCACCAGUAAUCCCAUAGAUCAACUGGAUCAGUUUAGAGUCAGAAGGUCAGCGGAGGAGGAAGAGAGUGACGUAGAUGAAGACCACAGUGAGCACCCGCAAUAUCCGGAGUACUCCCCUCAUCCAGAGACACGAAGAGGAAGAAAAUAUAAGAAUCAAGGCCCAGAAGAUGAGGAUGCAGAUGUUGUAUCUCUCAAACGUCACAAGGAAGGAAGAGGACGUUUAGGAACUCAGAGGGACAAGUGCCUUAAGGGUGAGCCGGGAGAUCAAGGUCGGAAGGGUGAAAAGGGUGAAAUUGGAGAAAAGGGACAGAAGGGGGAGCCUGGAGUUGGACAUAGAGGGCCAGUGGGACAGGCAGGGCCACCUGGAUAUAAGGGGGAACCAGGUGAUGCGGGACCCCCAGGAACACAGGGAAUCCAGGGGAUACAGGGGAACUCAGGAAUUUCAGGAUUCCAAGGAGAAAGAGGACGGACAGGGCUACCUGGACCUGUAGGGCCACCUGGAGAGCGUGGAAAGCGCGGUAAAAACGGAAACCCUGGACCUCCAGGUGCUUCAGGACCUGCAGGAAAACAGGGACCACCGGGAGCCCCUGGUAGCAGAGGUGACAAGGGAGACAUGGUGAUUGGUGAACCUGGCCCCAGAGGACCACGUGGUCUCCCAGGCACCCGGGGUGAUAACGGAAGACCAGGAACAAACGGACUAGCAGGAGGCAUGGGUGUAAAGGGCUUGUCGGGAGUUAAAGGUGAAAGAGGUGACAGAGGAAUUUCUGGACUUAAAGGAGAAAAGGGUGAUCCCAUGACAUUGUUUGGAUCUCAAGGAUAUAAAGGAAGCAAAGGAGAUCCUGGUGACAGAGGCCAUCCAGGCUUUGAUGGUGACAAAGGAGAGAAAGGAGAAGAUGGGCCAGCAGGGGAAAAGGGUGUGAAAGGUGAAGCUGGUUCUAAGGGAUCGAUGGGAUUAUUUGGUGCUCGAGGACCCGUGGGACAGAAGGGUGAUCCAGGAGCCACAGGACUUCUAGGACUUAGAGGUGCAGCCGGAGUGGAUGGAAGGAAUGGACUCAAGGGGACAAAAGGUGACCGAGGCCUACAGGGACAAAAGGGAGAAGUGGGAGAAAAGGGGGAUUCUGGAUUUGUAGGUGAUCCUGGUGAAAAGGGGGAGAAGGGGUUACAAGGAUUGCCGGGGAAAAUGGGAAUUCCUGGGAUUGCAGGAUUUAAAGGGGAAAUUGGAAGCAAAGGAGAUGGGGGUGCAUUAGGAGCAACAGGACCACCAGGAGUAAAGGGUGAUAAAGGAUAUAAAGGAAUUAACGGGACCGAUGGACUUCUGGGAGAUAAAGGAGAAAAAGGAAGCAAAGGAGCGCCUGGGCUGAAUGGUUUCCGAGGACCAAUAGGACAUCCAGGACAGGUUGGGGACCCUGGCUCUCUAGGGCCCGCAGGACCAAGAGGAGAACCUGGCACAAAGGGAGUGAGAGGCAAAAGAGGGAAAACGCUGCCCUGCCCGCGAGGAACCCCUGGAACACCUGGAAGUAAAGGAGAGACGGGACAAGAUGGGCCCGAAGGGCUGAAAGGGGACAAGGGAGACCCUGGACUCUCUGAUCAAGAAGUUAAAGAACUCGUCAGAAAUGAGAUGAGUGACAAAUGUGCCUGUGCAGGAAAAGAUUUUCAGCUGGUCAUUAAAUCUUCCAACCCAGAUGAAUUUUACGACGAUAUCGACCCAACUGAAGAGGUGACUUUGCCCCCUGAAGGCACAACAGUGGAAAAUACUGUAGAAGAUAUUGUCUGGAAUACAACUCUUCCCACCACCCAACCAUCAAGCACUCACCCAGCACAGAACACCACAGGUAGCUGA